GGGUGGGGAGAGUUGUUGGAGUCACACCAACACGAGAGAGCAAUCCGAAGAGUUCGAGGCCCUCUCUCUUCCCUACAGCGGGAGGAGGAAAGAGAGAUGGACUUGAGGAUUGCUGGCUAAGCCAUGCAAUGCCGACGGCGUGAGCCGCUGUGUUGUGGAUCAUCGCUGCCACCUUUUUCAGAGCAACACUCUCUCGACCCUCAUGAUAAUUGAUGAUGGUAAUGAUGACGUUGCUCCAGGUUGACAAGCCCCCAGCCAGACGAAGGGAAGGGAAGGGAAGGGAAGAGCUGAGCACAUCAGAUCGUCAAACAGUUCACUUUCCUCCACUUUCUCCGGAGGCGGAGGAAGUCUUCGGUUUAAAUAAUGGCCGUAUCACCUGAGGGCAACAUGAACUCACGGAAAGCUUUGGAGGGCUACAUCUACACCUCUGUUUGUCCCCAUGAAUAUGACAGUCUUGCGAAGAUCCAGAUGAGGUAGCAUGGUGCAAUGAAGCACCAUAAUUUAUACGGUGAUAGGAAGGCCCCCAAUUGGGAUCAGCUGUAUUCAAGGCAGAUAUCCACCUUAGGAGAAAGGUCAUAUAUGUGGAUAGUGGAUGAGUUGGCCAGGCCGACGAGUUAUACAUCAUUGCCUUUUAUGAAUUGGAGAUGAGGUGGUCCCAGGUCCUGGAAUCCAGGUCCCGUGUUGGGUUUUGCAACAAGGGAACGAAGCACAGCUCAUCCAUUACUGGGAAAAAAGUCUUCAGAUCCAGAUAAGAGUUUCGGAUCGAGGUAGGAUGAAAUGAUAUACGUAUGCCAUCCGUGGUACACGUGGUAGAUAAGAAUUAUAUAGUAACUGUAGAAUGUAGAUAGUUCAAGUCGUUGUCUUUGCAUACGUUGCUCAGCAUAGCAGUCACCAUCCACGUGAUGGAUGAGGAGUUGAGGUGAAGUGC